AUGGGCUGUACUCCUCGCGGUGCUUCCCCUUUUGGCCCUGGUGCCACCAGCCCGGGGCUGCACGUCUGGCAGGUGGAGCAGCUGCAGCCAGUGGAGGUCCCCAAGGCCACCCUGGGCAUUUUCUUCUCGGGACACUCGUACCUGGUGCUGCACAGCGGGUUGGAGGAGCAAGCCCACCUCCACCUGGGGGGGGAUGAAGGGGCCGGGACUCCCUGCAGGACGUGCACCCUCCUCUCCACCCAGCUGAGCUCGCUGCUGGGCGAGCGCCCCAUCACCCACUGCAACAAGUCCAACCUCCUCCUGGACUGCUUCCCCUGCAGCCUCACCUACCACGAGGGCAGUGUAGCCUUGGCCUUUACAUGGGCCCAGCCUGGCUCUGGUCCCAUGCCCAAACUCUACCAUAAGGGCAAGAGGAAGAUUUGGGCGAGCCAGCGGGACCUGUCAUGGGCCAGCUUCAACACUGGUGACUGCUUCCUCCUAGACCUGGGACAGACCCUCAUGGUCUGGUGUGGGGCCUGGAGCAAUGUCCUGGAGCACAGCAGGAUGCAGGAGCUGGCUGCUGCCAGCCGUGACAGUGAGCGGGGUGGCAAAGCACAUCUGGAGAUUGUGGCUGAUGGUGAGGAGCCACCUGAGAUGGUCCAGGUCUGUCCCCACUGGGCAGAGAGGGGCAGCUGGGUGUCCCUGGGGUGGCUCUGUGACCCCCCAGUCUCAUCUCGCACCCCUUGCAGGAGGGCAGCCCUGAGGAGGAGGUGGUGGCUGACCAGAGCAGCACAGGGGCAGCUGUCCCCUACAAUGCAAGGACACGGUGGCACACUACUAAUGGCACCAGGGCUGGGCAUGCCAAAGUGUCACCAUGGGGGGCACAGGAGGUACAUGAGGCUGGGCACAGCCAGGGUACACCAUGAUAGCCCUCCAGGAGUACAUGAGGCUGGACAUGACAGAGACUGGCCUGAGUGGCUGACAUCCCCCUCUGCAAGGUGCAAGGACAAUGAGUGGGAAUGCCAGGUGCCUCUGAGGGUGGCUGAAGAGGUGAUCGCCCGCAUGGUACCCCUGCCCCAGACACAGGUUGGGGCAGGGGGGGAGGGAUGCCCAAGGGCUGACAUGGGAGCCAUCACCCCUUCCCAAUUCCUGUCCCUGUCCCCAAAGGUGGAAAUCCGGCCCCAGGGCUGCGAGACACCCAUCUUCAAGCAGUUCUUCACCAGCUGGAAAUGAGCAGCAGGUGCCAAUGGGGCGGUGCCCUGGUCACGGGGUGUGAGCAGGCCUGUGCAGCUGUGCCAGCUCCCAGCAAUGGCUGUGCUCUGUUCAGCUGGCCCUGUCACCGUGCCAUCCCUGUCCCUGUGCCUUUGCCCACCACAUCCCCAUGCUGUUGGCAUUCACAUCCUUGUGCAUCACAUCCUUGACAUCCCACACCAAGCCCAUGCCAUCUCUACUGCUGUGAUGUCCCUGUGUCUUUGCCCGCACUAUGCCCAUACCAGGCUCAUCUCCAUGCCAUCCACAAGACCUAUCCCUGUGCCAUUCCCAUGCCCACACCAUGCCCAAGGUCCUGCCAUCUUCCUCUCCACGCCAGUCAUUCACCUCCUUGUGCCAUGCCCAUGUCCACCCCAUCCCCAAGCCCAUGUCAUGUCUGCCCCUGUGCAUGACAAUGCCCUGCCAUCCCUGUGCCUUUGUCCACCCAUGCCCACAUCAUUCCUGUCUGCCCCUUUGCCAUUCUAAUGCCCAUGGCACUUCAUUCCCCAUUCCCAUGCCCAGCCUGUGUCAUGCCCAUGCCCAUCUCCAAGUAUGGAGAGGUCCUUUCCCAUGCCAUCCCAAUCUCCUCACCAUACCCAAACCCACAUCAUUCCUGCCCCUCUGCCAUCCCAUCAUCCCAAUUCCUUUGCCCACCCCAUGCUUAUCUCCAUCUCCACCAUCCCAAGCCCAUGCCAUGCCCACAAGUCACUGCAUCCCCACACUGCUGCCACAGCCUUGCCACCUGCAUGUCAUCGCCACCUUCUUCCGUGUGCCUGUGCCACACUGUGCCCAUGCUGUGCCCACACAUCUACCCUGCACCCAGGUCCUGGUGAACAAAGGGACAGUGCCAUGUCCUGAUGGGUAUGGUGCCAGCCCUGGGUGUGGGGAGGCAUGAGGGGACUCAGACAGGACAGGGCAGUGCCAGUGCAGGGGGUGAAGUGUCCCCAGCAUCAUGGUGUGAUGCCACCCUACAUAUGUCAUCAGUUCUGUGCCCCAUGGAGGGAUGCCCAUGGCCAUACAACGACCCCAGGUCCUUGUGUGAGCACCUGGGCCCAUGUGCUUGAGAAGGGUGGGGGAUGGCCUGUGGCACCCAUUUGGCUGUCCCCAGAUCCCUCAUGUCUCCAAAUGUCCAGUAUACCUGCAAUCCACCCUCUGCUCUCUCCACAGUCCCUGCACCCCCAAUAUUCCCAGUGUCCUCAAACCACCAGCACCACCAGCCACAAAGCCCCUCUCCACCCUGGGGCCACCCCAGAUCCCAGGACCCCAACCACUGCAGGCUGCUUUCCCCCUCAUUAGACUCAGAUAAUUAGUGUUGAGACUAAUUAUAUCCCCAGUCAGCCCCACCAGGAUCCUGCUACAUCCAUCACCAAAGAAAAGCCCUUUAUUGUAGCUGGGGAGGGCCUGCGGGGAGCAAGGAGAAGAAGGAGCUUGGGGGAGGGACUCAAGAGAAGCCACCGUGUCCCCCUGCACCUGCAGGAAGGAUGGGUGAGUUGGGACCCUCCAGCCCUUUCUCUCCUUCUAUUCCUAAAGUGACACCAGGGUGGGAAACUCCGUGUGUGGGACGGGCUGGGCUGGGCUUUUCCUUGUUCACAGUGAGUUUGGGGGAAUGGGGAGGGGGGUCCCACCUGCUCAGCCUGGCUGGAUCUGUGCUGCAGGGGAGGUUAUUCACUCCCAGUUCAAAUCCCUGGAGCAUGUUUGGGGUGAGGGAAGGG